AUGAACCCCAGGGGUCUGUUCCAGGACUUCAACCCGAGCAAGUUCCUCGUCUACGCCUGCCUGCUGCUCUUCUCAGAGCUGCUGCCCCUCCGCCUGGUCGGCAUCAUCCAGCGGAGCUACUGGGCCGCCUUCGCUCCUAUAUGGUCGUGGAAGCUACUGGCCAUCGGGGGUGCCCUGGUGGGCGCUGGCGUUUGGGCCUGCAACCCUCGCUACCACCAAGGGGAGGCCUGCAUGGAGUUCAAGGCCAUGCUGAUCGCUGUGGGCAUCCACCUGCUACUGCUCCUGUUCAAGGUCCUGGUCUGCGACAGCGUGCAGAGAGGCACCCACUUCUGGCUGCUGGUCUUCAUGCCACUCUUCUUUGUGUCCCCUGUGUCUGUGGCCGCCUGUGUCUGGGGUUUCCGGCAUGAUAGGUCGCUAGAGCUGGAGAUCCUGUGCUCGGUGAACAUCCUGCAGUUCUUCUUCAUCGCCCUAAGGCUGGACAGGAUUAUCCACUGGCCAUGGCUGGUGGUGUUCGUGCCCCUGUGGAUCCUCAUGUCGUUCCUAUGCCUGGUGGUCCCCUACUACAUCGUCUGGUCCUUGCUGUUCUUGAGGUCCCCGGAUGUGGUUGCGGAACAGCGGAGAAAACACAUGACCAUGGCCAUCAGCUGGAUAACGAUUGUCGUGCCCCUGCUUGUGGUCCUGCUGGUGCACAGAUUGGUUGGCCACAAUACGUUCUCCUAUAUCUCCAUGUUUGUCCCCCUUUGGCUUUCGUUGAUAACUUUAAUGGCCACGACCUUUAGGCGGAAGGGGAGCAAUCAUUGGUGGUUCGGUGUUCACAGAGGUUUCUGCCAGUUUCUGCUUGAAGUUUUCCCAUUUUUAAGAGAAUAUGGGAACAUAUCGUAUGAUCUCCAUCAUGAAGAUAGUGAAGAUGCUGAAGAGAAACCAGUUCCAGAAGCUCCAAAAAUUGCUCCGAUGUUUGGAAAGAAGGCCAGGGUAGUUAUCACUCAAGAGCCCCAGAAAAUAUGUCCCCCCCCGCCUCCCAAGUUAAAUAUUGAUAUGCCAGAUUAA